AUGAAAGGUGAAUCAAGGAGGUCAUCUCAAGAUAACACUUGGGAUGAUUCCAACGAUCAUUUAUUACCUACUAAUAAGUCUGAAGAAAAUGUAAAGAGCGCUACUAAUUCAUUUAUCAGCGUUGAUACAAGUUUGCGAGAAGUGAGAAGUCAUUUUAAUAUAUCACCAAAGCCUACAUUAAAGGUAAAGACGUCAAAUCUGGAGGUACCAAUCGCUAACAGUAACCAAAGAAUAAAUAGCCCACUUAGGGGGCAUACCACUGGUUGGGAAGGUAGGGGAGAUCAAAGUCCGCGGUUGACGGUAUCUUUAAAAAGUUAUGAAGUGGGAAAUGCACAAUGCAGUAUAGAUGCGCAGAGGUCUGCGAAGGUUAUUUCGAUUAUUGAAGAUGAUGAAGUGGACGAUUUCCUAGGGCUACAAGGAGAGUUCAUCAAUGCACUUGAGGAGCGACAUAAUAGUUCCUGGCUUCCAAAGUUGAACUCUGUUAAGAGUAAGACGGAUGAGGAAUCCAGGAAGCUCACUAGGCCGCGUCCUGUAGAUGUUUCAUUAUCAGAGAUCAAUUCUAAUGGCAAAAAUGCGAGUGAAUCGCAAUUUGAGAAUAUAGAACUCAUGGUCAUGUCAAACUCAAAGGCGAAUGAGUCGAUGAGUUCUUAUAGGGCGGAAUCUAACGCAUCUUCUAGUAGAGAUGUCAAGAACGAUGGUGGAGAGGACAAAAUGGAAACUGUUCUUGUGGAGAAUAGCAAUGAAAAUUUGGGUGAGCAGCCACCGCUUGUUUUAUAUGGGAAAUCUUUGGGGGUCUUUUCGCCGUCGAGUAGGCUGAGGCUAAGGCUAGCAAAAAUGGUUAUGGAUUGUAAAUUUAAUUUAUCACUCAAGGUACUUCUUCUAGCCUAUACUUUGUUGGUCUCCUAUAGACAGUUUAAUAGCCAGACCUAUCAGAACUUGGAAAGCUACUCUAACUGUACCGAUCUUCUUAUCGCUUUCUGCAACCUUCUUUUCACCUUCGAAGUGAUUUUUAAAACAAUUGCAUUUGGAUUCUGGGAUGAUUCACAACUUUUUGCUGCGCACAAUAGGGAAUAUAAAACUGUGUUUCAACAUCUUGGGUUGUUCCAGCUUUCUGAUUACCUUCAGAGGAAACUGAAUAAUGAUGUAUUGGUAAGAUUCUUUCCAAAAUUUGCUACACUUUACUAUGAACAUGCUAGUAAGCAAAAGAUGAGAACAUCAAAGAUGUUUGAUAAUUCGGCAAAAAGUGGGUUCUUAAUUCCAAGAGCAUUUGCAAGAAAUAGUUGGAAUAGGUUGAAUUUAGUAUCAACAGUCGCUUUUUGGAUCAGUUUUGUCCUAUCUCUCUAUGACGAUGACAUUCACAAGAGCAUUCCUAUCUUUAAGACGCUUGCCGUUUUCAGAGUUCUUAGAUUAGCCGACACAGAUUCAGGGUUUUCCUCUGUUUUAAAGGGUAUAAAGUAUGGGUUACCCCAGUUAGGCAAUGUCGCUUGCAUGCUACUGUAUUUUUGGGUUAUGUUUGCUAUAUUAGGUGUACAAAGUUUCCAGGGAUCUUUCCGUAGAAGAUGUGUCUGGACGAAUCCUAGUGAUCCUACAGAUACUUAUCGCUUCGAGGAGCAAUUCUGCGGCGGCCAUAUUGACCCACUAACGAACAAGCCGGCGCCUUACUUGUAUGAGGAUGGCACAUCGGCAGACUACUAUAAGGGAUUUAUAUGUCCAAGGAAUUCUGUUUGCAUAUCAGGUAAAAAUCCUCAUAAUGGUAGAAUUAGCUUUGAUAACCUUUUUGAUUCUAUGGAAUUGAUUACUGUUAUUAUGAGUGCUAAUACUUUCACUGAUUUGAUGUACAAUAUCAUUGACGCUGAAAACCUUGUUUCAUCUCUUUUCGUCCUAUUUUCUACUUUCUUCCUGACAAUAUGGAUGAUGAACUUGUUAAUUGCAGUCCUUUUCUCUUCUUUUGAGAUUGCUAAUGAAAUGAAAUAUCGUAAAGAACCCAAUUCUCGAUCAAUGCAAAAUAUUGCGUUUAGAAAACUAAUGCAACUUUUCAGCGCUAUUAAGCACAAAGCACAAGAAUCUAUAAUGCCAAACUGGGCUCGAAACCUCAAUAGUUUCUACGCUGUAAUCGAGUGGAUAUUUGUUUUGGCGAUUUUUGUCGAUUUGGCAGUGAAGUCAUCAGUCUCUGUGACAACAAGUCAUGAUGCAAUGGAAGAAGUACAUCUGGUCGAAUUGGUUGUUAGUUGUAUGCUAUUUUUCGAGACGAUUGUUAGGCUUGCUAUCUAUUGUACGACGCCGUGCAAGUUCCUAGAGAAAAUGAAUUACGUUUAUGAUUUAAUAGUUGCAGUUAUUUCCAUCACUAUAUCACAACCAGGAGUUCGCGAAGGACUUAGGGAUUCCUACUAUUGGUUGGGCUUCUUCCAAAUAUCAAGAUUUUACAGAGUUGUGCUCGCUUUCAGUAUAACUCGAAACUUAUGGAAAAGAGUAUUAAAAAAUGCUUUAAUGAUUCUGAACUUAUCAGCAUUCUACUUCUUCUUGGUAUUCCUUGUGUCGCUAAUUGUAUCAACAUAUUUUGAAGGAACUGUUCCAACUGAAAUGCAAGAUUCAGAUCCGUUUGCAAUGUACUCUUUACCGAAUACAUUUUUAUCCUUAUUCAUCAUUGGUUCCACCGAAAACUGGACUGAUAUCCUAUAUCUCCUACAAGCUGAAUCUCCUAGUUUAUCAUUUGCCUUCUUUGGGACAUGUUUACUCAUUAGUUGGUUCUUUUUGGCUAACUCUAUGGUUUUGAACAUUUUCAUUGCUGUGAUAUCGCAAAGUUUAGGUGUUGCAGAAGGUGAUAAGCGUAGAUUGCAAAUAAAACACUAUUUGAAACAUGUUUAUCCAGAGAGGAUCCAGCAAUUUACAAACGCCUCGUUAAUUUCACGUAUUAAAAAGAAGCUGUUCGCUGAGAGGAACGAUCAAGAUACAAGGGAUUUUCGUCAGUUUAUCUUUCGUGGAACUGCUAUAUUGACAAUUGCUCGCAACUAUGAAGGACUUUUUGAGGUCAAUAGACCUAGAGGAACUUACGUUGGUAACUUCUUCAAGAAAAACCUACCGAAGUUAUUGAACAUCAAAGUUGUUCAACAUAUAAAAAACAAUCCUUUUUACAGAAAGCCAAAGGCGGUGUUUACUGAAAUCAAAGAUCAUUCCGAACCAAAUAAAAGGUAUUCCCUCGAAUUAAUGGAAUGGGAAGAGGAAAAGUUACAGUUCUUAAGAGACCAUUCAACGUUUAAUAACUCAUAUUUCAUAUUUCCGCAUAAUAACGCCAUACGGAAAUUCUGUCAAACAAUUGUGCCACCUAGUUAUGGUAAACGUACAGAUGGCAGGGUAUUUUUUGAGGAUACGACCGACAGAUAUCGAGGCAACAAGUAUUUCUUCCAUAUAAAAAGAGAUACAUUUGUCACUAUCACAUUUAUUGGGACUAUAUUAAUGGUGUUAUAUUCCUGUUAUGUGACCCCAAUAUACAGACGAGACCAUGAAUUUCACAAAUUGCACUGGUUAAGCAUUUGUGAAUAUAGUUUUGUUGCGCUUUUUACACUCGAGUUCUUAAUAAAAACUAUUGCAGAUGGAUUUAUUUAUGCUCCAAAUGCAUAUAUACUAAAUCCCUGGAAUUGUAUCGAUUUGAUUGUGUUAGUAUCCAUGUGGAUUCACUGCAUUUACUGGAUAAAUAACAGUAAUAGCAGCUCUAGGGUUUUUAAAGGUUUAGACGCCCUGAGAGCACUCCGUUUUUUGACUAUUAGUAGCACAGCUAGGUUAACCUUCAAGCAAGUUAUUUUUGAUGGUAUUAUGAAAAUUUUUGGGGCUGCUUUAAUUGCGCUAAGUCUUCUCUACCCGUUUACUGUGUGGGGGUUGUGGCUCUUUCGGGGUAAGUUAGCAGUUUGCAAUGAUGGAGAUCAAGCCAGAGAGUUUUGUAUUAAUGAGUUUAGCUCUACUGUUGGAAAAUGGGAUGUAUUGAUGCCUAGAGUUUAUCAUAACCCAAUUUUACAUUUUGAUAAUUUCGCUAGUGCGUUUAGAAGUCUUUAUGAAAUUGUUUCCUUAGAGGGCUGGGUAGAUUUGCUAUCUGAUUUAGUGAAUUCUACUGGGAUUGGAACUCCUGCUGAGUCUUUUGCAUCGCCAUGGAAUGCAAUUUUCAUUGUCCUAUUCAACUUUUCAAGCAUGGUUUUCAUUUUAACGUUAUUUAUUUCCUUCAUUAUUAGCAACCAUGCAAGGACUACUGGUAGCGCAUUUUUAACCACUGAAGAAAAGUCUUGGUUGGAGGUGAAGAAGUUAUUAUCUCGUAUUAAGCCUGACGCGACUCCAAAAUUUGAGUCAAUGGGUAGAUUUAGAAGAUUCUGUUACAGAGUUGCUGUAGAGAAAGAAUACUUCUGGUACACCGUUGUUCUCCAAUUUUUUUUCUUUAUACACAUUUUAACGUUGUUAUUGAGGAGAUACCGUACACCGUAUGAUGAGUUAGAAACUUCCACAUGGAUAUUUAUGGCGACGACCUCAGUGUUUCUGAUUCAUGAGUUUUUAUUUGUAACUGGCAAGACCUUUAAGUUGGUAGUACGGGACCCUGGAAGACUGGGCAGAGUCUUGAUUGUUUUCUUUGCCUUUUCCUUCAAUGUUAUUCAAAUCAUACUAAGAAUUCCAAUUCGAGGUUUUACCAAUGUCCACUCGAUAUUUCAGUUAAUGAUAUUUCUAUUUAUUAUACCACAAAACGACAUUCUAAGUGAAUUAAUCAAUACUGCCGUUUCCAGUUUACCAGCAAUUUUAUCGUUAACUUACACUUGGAGUAUUUUAUUCCUUGUUUAUGCAAUUGCCAUGAACCAGAUUUUUGGAUUAACCCGGUUAAAUGAGAACACGACAGGGACUUUGAACUUUAGAACAGUCUCAAAAAGUUUUAUCGUCCUAUUCAGGUGUAGUUUCGGUGAGGGCUGGAACUAUAUAAUGCAUGACUUGACCGUUACCAAACCAUACUGUGCAACCGACAACCAAGGAAACUAUAGUGACUGUGGAUCUAAAGCUUAUGCAUACUGUUUAAUGAUGUCUUGGAAUAUCUUGUCGAUGUACAUAUUUUUGAAUAUGUUUAUCUCUUUGAUUAUUGAAAACUUCAGUUACGUUUUCCAUAGAGGUGACAAAAAGGCUGUCGCGAGAAGAGAAGAAGUUAGAAAGUUUAAAAGGGCAUGGAAUAAAUAUGAUAAAGAUGGCACAGGAGAAAUUGAGUUUGCUCACCUGCCUGCAUUGAUGUACCAGUUUGAUGGUGCUCUUUCGUUUAAGAUUUGGGAGGGUAGACUCUCCGUUAAUAACCUGGUUUCAAAUUAUAUCCGAAAAAAUCCUUUUGAUCCGUAUGAUGUCGAAGUUGAUUUAGAAGGUCUGAAUAAAGAACUUGACACAAUGGAUGUUGUGCAAACUCGCCAGAGGAUACUGAACUAUAGGCGCUUCAUACACGAAGCUCAAAGCACGAACAGGCCUUACGGUCGGAUAAAGUUCUCCAAUUUAAUCAAACAGAUACCCUUAUACACCGAGUACAAUCCCCGGGAAUGUUUGGGUAUUGAUGAAUACGUUAAGUGGCUCUACACUUUAAAUAAGGUCGAUAAGUUUUUGGAGAAUGAACAUAAUGUCGACGUUCUUGAAAUGAUAGUCACAAGGUGGAAAUACUUGGUCCAUAAACGCAGGAAACGACAAUCUGUUGAGAGCUUCUCUGAAACUAUUGAUAAAAACAUAGCAUCGGAUAUUAACCCACCCCAUACAUUGAGUCCAUUCGAAUUUCCAGACGCUGAAUUCACUGAAGUGCAGAAUUUCGUAUGGCCGCCGGAAGAAUUUAGUGAGAGCUCUUCAGAGCAAGGCGAUGAUGAUAGUUCCCAUAGAUAA